ACUUGUUGUUGAUUGUUUUGUGGAGGAAGUAGUAUCAAGGUUUUCAUGAGAUUACUAGUGUCAAGAAUGGAAGCGACGGGACAGCAAGAAGCGGUCUCGGCUCCAAAAUCGGAGCCGUCCAGUGCCGCAGGUUCUCCUCAACAUCCCCAGGAGCAGAUCAGAAAUAAUAACAAUAAUUUGGAAGAAUUGCAAGAAAAUAACGGAUCUCCUCAGAAGAACGAACAAUUGGAAUAUCCAAACACUGUCAUCACAUUGAGGAGACAGCCGCAGGUUGUAAGGACCAUAACUACUGCUGGACAUAUUACAACAACAUGUGCUACUCCUGAUCGUGAAGAUGCACAACAUGUGAGAGAUAUUCCAAAAUCAGAGCCCUAUGAACAAUCAAUACCGAGAAGUCACUACGAGUACAACAAUGAAAAUACAACAGAACACGAAACAUUGAUUACAGUUGCCGAAAGUUACAGUCCGUCCGCGUCUCAACAACAAACGAGCAAUGAACAACAACAACAACAAUCUUCAAAUGAAUUGCAAUAUACGAGUUCAGAACGGAAAUACGCUCCACAGGAAAGGUAUUUAUAUUCCGAAAAUAUUGAAACUUACAAUCAUGGGAUGGAAAACAUUAGCCCCAUGUCCGUGCGAUAUGCGACAGGAGAAGGCCAAGAACGAUAUAUGACACCAACUGAACAUGCUGAGGGCCAAAUAUUGCUGACAAGAUCAUAUGAAACAGGACCUCAGUUCGAGCAUCCUUCGCCACUUAUAUCUGCGGUUACAACACCUCCUUUGAAUGCAGUGCAUCCAGAAGAGUUGCAUAUGACUUAUGCAAGUUCUCCUGCAGGCGAAAUCAAGUACGAAUUAUUGGCCGACAGUAAAGGGGCCACUUCAGUUUAUACUGAUUUAACACCUAUGCCGCAGCAGUCGAAGCAGGUCCAGAUGCAAAUUGGACCAGCAGGCAGGGCAACUGCUGGCAGUUACGCGGAACAAGGAAGCCCCCAACAUUACCAAUCCAGUGGAAGUUACAUCACAAACUACCCUGGUCAAUAUAUUCAUUCUCGUACUGACGACAGUCCAACAUCUGCCCAACAUCAAAUCAUGUACAAAGGUGACCCAAGUCUCAACCCUGGAACUAAACAAUUGUUCUAUGUUCCUGAAAAUGGAACAUACGAAAGUCAACCACCAGGAUCACCAAACUCCCAUGUGACUUUGUACAGCGGUGGAAAUCAAUCGUAUCGAUUUGGAGCAAAAGCCGAUCCUGGACAAAAUUUUAUUUGGGUCAACAGUGCUCAACCAGUAAGUGCAUCAUCAGUGGAAUAUGGUACAGGAACUUAUUUGCAGCAAGGAUCCUCGGAAUUGCUCCAAGAACCGCCAACCCAUGUUUAUACAAGUUACCCGAUAAGCGGGUCGGAGUGGGUUGUUAAUGAUAAUUUUGAUGGUGAAAAUAUUUAUGUCCAAAAUGUGAAAGAAUGUGUGAAUUGUGCGGCCUCUGUAACGCCUCUGUGGCGCAGGGACGGAACAGGGCAUUAUUUGUGCAAUGCAUGUGGAUUGUAUAAUAAAAUAAAUGGGGUCAACAGGCCCCCAGUCAGGGGACACAAAAAUAAACCAUCUGCGUCUGGAAAUAGUCGUCGUACUGGUGUAGUUUGUGCAAAUUGUAAGACAACCAAUACUACUUUAUGGAGAAGAAAUCAUUCUGGAGAACCAGUGUGUAAUGCUUGUGGAUUAUAUUAUAAACUGCAUAAUGUUGAUCGACCAAUGAGUAUGAAAAAAGAAGGAAUUCAAACGAGGAAACGCAAACCAAAAACAUCUUAUAAUCAUGGCAAAGCACAUAGUUUAGAUUCAAAAAUUAAUUUGCAGCAAUCUUUGUACAUCACUCAGAGUGAUAUAAAACCGGAUAUAUUAGUCAGUACCAACGGUGGACAUUACUCCUUAAAUUCAAGUUGUCCUUCUCCCAUUGGUUCAGCACAGACAUCAGCUCACCUUUCUACGCACAUACCUUUAAUCCAGCAGCCGAUGGAACAGAUAGUUUCCAGGGUAACCACAAGUGCAGAUUUACCCAGUGUCAUCACAUCCACGGGGAUUUCUUCGACAAUGGCCGAAAGUACGAGGAAUUAGGAUUUAUUUUUUGAAAAUUAUAUUAUAAAUAAAUAUAUAAAACAAUACAAGAGUGAGUAAACAAAGUGCUUAUUACUCUUGCUCGAAUUAUUGAUAAAUUAAAAAUAUUUUUAGAGUAGGAAUAUGUAUGAUUAGGGUAUAUAUGAGAAAGUAAUAUAAAGAACUGA